AUGGCCCCAGAAGUCUCUCCGGCGACAUCGUCGCACAUGAUGAAGACCACAAAGCGUGGCAGACCCUUCCUCAAGGACACAUUGGAUCUGUUUGCGACAUUGGUGGUUUCCCUUCAGCUCGGCGAUAACAAACAGUUCUUCCGCACCUUUCACAAUUCUUUCACAACGGACGAUGCAGCAAGAAAUCUCGCAUCCCUCAAGUUUUCUCAGUCGAAUCGUGGUCCAGAUCCUCGAGAACCUGCACGCAUAGUGACGACCACGACUACAACCACGUUUUCGAUGACUCGGGAUAUGGCGAAGGCGAUGUGCCAGCAGUUCAUGGAUGCGAGGCUGAUCGAAAAUGCCGCAGACCCAGGCUCAAAUCUGUUCAAGGAGCGGGGUGUCUACGUCCUGACGCCGAAAGGUUUACACGUGCUGGAGCGGUUCAUGAGCAAGAAUGGGAUCAACGGCGAUCAUUUGCAGCACGUUUUCGCUUCACAGCCAAUAUGCAUGAAGCUGCUUCAUCUUGAGCGGCGGUCCGUCGACGACGAGAUCAUCGUUUCCCACUCCGUCAUCACUUCGCUGUUCCGGCGAUUUGUAGGUCGCCAACCCAAUUAUCCUCCCGAGUUUCUGGACAGUCUGGACGCCUUUCAAAAAUAUCACGAGCGGUCCAAAGGAGUCGCAUUGUCGGACGUGCCCGAGCGACCGCCAAACGGCAAAACGGCUGUGGUUCAUAGAAAUUGCUUCCCGGCGGUGAGCGCACUCGAAUGGCUCUGCGAUUUCACGUCCGUCAUCGGAAGGGAAGAGGCGGCGGAGAUGGCUGCUCAAUUUGUGCGGUUUGGUCUCAUCAUACUGGUGAGCGAUAAGCGGAAGAAUAACGAUUCCGCUAUUAUCUUCACCGUUCGCGGUGCUGCUGGAGGCGGGAACUCCUCAAUAUCUCAACACGGAGAAUUCCGUUGUACUGCUAAGGCUAUCUACAAGAUCACAGACGAAGGUCGUCGCAUGGCUCGGUGGGAUAACGACGGUUCGGAGAAUUCUCCUAACACCUCUGCGUCGAAUAUCAAUUCGGCGGUACGGUCGUCUGACGACCAUCCCGGUGAUACCACGGCCACCGACACAGCCGCUUCGAAGGACGCGAAAAUCCAUCGCCGAAUCUCCAUGACCGAGAAGCUGAAUGCCACUUACGAGGCAGACAAGAAGGGCAACCAGAAGGAGAGCAACACAGAUCGCUUGCGAUAUAUUAUCGAUGAGCCGCAGUUACGCUCGCUUUUCCGCGAGUUUCUGCGGACCAACUUCUGUGAAGAGAACCUGGCGUUCUAUCUGGAAGUGCAAGAUUUCAAGCGCAAGUUCAACAUUACAUCGAGUGCUAUCGCGUCUAAUUCCAGCUCUGCUGCGCCGCGUGGUGGACCGAAGGUUACUCCAGGGCAGAUCGCUAUGGAGCGCCACCACGAGUCCCUGAUCGCCAGCGCGUUCUCCAUAUACAACAACUAUCUAGCGCCGUCUAGCCCAAGUGAGCUUAACAUUGAUCACGGGCUACGCAACGAGCUGUCAGGAUACUUGAGCGAGGUCAUCACCAGUCUUACUGGCAAGGCGUUCCAGGGUCGGGUGGAGCUCGACCAGGCUACCCAGUUCAAUGCGACGCAGCUGCAGACGAUGAUUCGCCUCUACGAACGGAUACAGACGCACGUCUUCCGGCUCAUGGCGACGGACUCCGUUCCAAAGUUCAUUAAGACACCUCGCUUCCUUGCACUACGCAUCAAGCUGAGCGAUGAGGAUGAGACGGGCUUGAGCGACUUCCCGUUACUGCCGACAAACUCGUCGACGCCAGUGGUGCCACCAGGGCUUGGUGGGGACGAAGUGGGUGGAGCAUAUGUGACGGUUUCGCAGCGCGCAGCUGCACAACCAUCGGUCACGGAUAGGCCGGCAGCGCCAUCGUCAUAA